UGUCCAGGGGAUCUGUGAAACUGACAAGAAUGACAGCCAACAGCUGAUAAUUCCCAGAGGUCCUGUGCAGCAACCCCUUGAGGAUCGGAUCUUCACUCCGACAGUCUCAGCUGUGUACAGCACUGUAACACAGGUAGCAAGACAACCAGGACCUCCUGCACCAUCCGCUUACUCUGCACAUGAAAUAAACAAAGGACACCCAAAUCUUGCUGCAACGCCACCAGGACAUGCAUCAUCCCCUGGACUUUCACAGUGCAGUACCAAGAAUCACAGAAAUGUAGGGCUGGAAGGAACCUCAAGAGGUCAUCUAGUACAGCCCCCUGCACUGAGGCAAGACCAGCAGCCAGGAGGGAGGAGGGACAGAAGCUUUCAACCCCACCCAAGAGCCAGCAGUCUUUUUGAAGAUCCAAGGGAACUGGUACAAAGGAUUCUGGGAUGUGGGAUGGCCCCCUACCCCUCAGGGCAGAAUGCAGCUCCAGCCACAUUGGUGUACCCCCAAACUCCUCAAACAAUGAACACACAGCCUCAGACCCGCUCUCCGCCCAGCAGAACAGUGCCAAUACAUUGCACAGACAACUGGAAGAGGAGGAAGGUUUUGGAACAGAAUCCGGUUUACAGGUCCCUGGCUGGAAGAGGCUGGAUAAAAUACUGCAUUUUUGCAGCGGGGCCUCGACCUGCCCAUCACCAGUUUUUUCAGCGGCCUCAAAUACAGCCUUCUAGAGCUGCCAUCCAGAACAGCAGCCCUUCUAUCCGUCCUGGUGCGCAAACACCAACUGCAGUCUAUCAAACCAACCAACACAUCAUGAUGGUUAACCAUCUGCCAAUGCCGUAUCCAAUGCCCCAGGGCCCCCAGUACUGUAUACCACAGUAUCGUCAUAGUGGCCCUCCUUAUGUUGGGCCUCCACAGCAGUAUCCUGUUCAGCCACCAGGGCCAGGCCCAUUUUAUCCAGGCCCGGGUCCUGGAGAAUUCCCCAAUGCCUACGGAACACCGUUCUACCCAAGUCAGCCAGUGUAUCAGUCAGCACCCAUCAUAGUGCCUACACAGCAGCAGCAGCAGCAGCAGCCUCCACCAGCUAAAAGAGAGAAAAAAACAAUCCGAAUCCGGGAUCCAAACCAGGGGGGCAAAGAUAUAACGGAAGAAAUAAUGUCUGGAGGAGGCAGCAGGAACCCUACGCCUCCCACUGUGAGACCCACCCCCACGCCUACCCCUCCUCAGCAGCUGUCCAGCCAGGUCCCAGAGCACAGCCCUGUGGUUUAUGGGACUGUGGAGAACACUCAUCUCGCCGCCAGCACCUCUGUCACUGCAACUAGCGACCCGAAGCAAGAAGAGAAGCCAAAACCAGAUCCAGUAUUAAAAUCUCCUUCCCCAGUCCUCAUACCAGAGCCUAGUGGGGAGAAAAAAGAUCAAGCUGGCCAGACAUCUGAGGCUGCCUCAGUGGAAUCACCACCAGAACUUCCUCUUGCUGCAUCGCCAGUCCCUCUUGUUCCUAUUGCAGUUGUUACUGCUGCUGUUGCUGUUUCUAGUAAAUCUGCAUUCACAGCUGACUCAGAGGAGAGAUGUGAACUAACUUCCCCGAAAGAGGAAACAAUGCCUAUAUCCAAUGCCACACCCUGCACAGAAGAAUCAGACCUUUCACCAACAGAAGAGGCUGAUGCUGACACGUGCAAGGAGCCUAGUACUGUAGCAACUAGUGAUAUUCCAGUGACUGCUAGUACUAAUCUAAUUAAUGAAAUUAAUGGAGUUAAUGAAAAAGUAACUGCUACAAACGGCAUAGCAGAAAUAGUUCAACAGGAAGUUGCACCAUUGACUGUUGAAUUGGAGAUUUUGGAAGGCUUUCCUGCAGAAGUGGAAAGUGUACCAUCUUCCAUUGCUCUUUCCACCUCUCCCUCUCCUCCUCUAACUCCUCCUAUUCCUGUUUCUGCUGCUGUUACCACUACAACACCUCCUUCCUCUCCUCCUCCUCCUCCAAUUUCCCUCCCUGCUGUUCAGGGAGAUUUACAUGGAGAGAAGAGCAGAAGAACUACCCUUAAUGAAGUUGUAAAAGAUACUCAAAACAAAGAAGAGGUGGAAGCAGAUGGGCAACCAGAGGAGAAUGCAGCGUCUCAGAAUUUAAACUCCAGGAAGAACCCUGUAGCAGCCCAAACAGCUGUAGCUGCACCAAAGAUGUGGAAGAAACCAAAAGAUCGGACCCAAGCCACUGAGGAGGUGUUAGAGGCGGAAACAGAGCAUAAAGCAGAAGAGGAACUUUCAGGUGACAAAGUACCUGAAUCUGAACAGGAUAAAAUGAGCCAUGGGUUCCACCUGGAAAGAGAUACUUCUGAACUUAAAAAAGCAAAAGUUGUGGAAGAAAAUGGAGAGCAGGAAGCAGAGCCUCUACGUAACGGUGCUGAGUGUGUUUCAGAGAGGGAAGAACCUGAUGCUAAUUCAGGCUCCACAGAGAGCUCUGGUGAAGGGCUAGUAUACCAGUAUAAACCAGAACAGUGGAAGCCCAUGAAUCCUGAAGGGAAGAAGCAAUACGAUAGGGAGUUCCUGCUGGAUUUCCAGUUCAUGCCUGCCUGUAUACAGAAACCGGAAGGGCUGCCUCCUAUUAGUGAUGUGGUCCUCGACAAGAUUAAUCAGCCAAAAUUGCCAAUUCGAACUCUGGACCCUCGGAUAUUGCCUCGAGGACCAGACUUCACACCAGCCUUUGCCGAUUUCGGGAGGCAAACCUCCGGGGGAAGGGGUGUAGCUGCCUGCAAAGUGCAGAACAACCCCGGAUUGCCUUCUGUGGCUCGGUGUGGCACCCCAGCAUGCCCUCUCUUGGUCUCAUCUCACCCACCAUUGAGGAACCUGCCAAUAGGGUUGUUGAAUGUUGGACCAAGAAGAUCACAGCCAAGCCAGAGGAGGGAGCCCAGGAAGAUCAUCACUGUAUGUGUGAAAGAAGAUGUACACCUGAAGAAAGCAGAAAAUGCCUGGAAGCCAAGCCUGAAAAGAGACAGCCAGGCUGAGGACCCAGAAAAUAUAAAAACCCAGGAGCUGUUCCGCAAGGUACGAAGUAUCUUAAACAAAUUGACACCACAGAUGUUCAAUCAGCUAAUGAAGCAAGUAACAGACCUGACUGUAGACACAGAAGAGAGGCUGAAAGGAGUCAUUGACCUGGUCUUUGAGAAAGCCAUCGAUGAGCCCAGCUUCUCUGUGGCUUAUGCAAAUAUGUGUAGAUGUCUCGUAACGCUGAAAGUACCUAUGGCAGACAAGCCUGGGAGCACAGUAAAUUUCCGCAAGUUGCUACUGAAUCGUUGCCAGAAGGAAUUUGAAAAAGACAAAGCCGAUGAUGAUGUCUUUGAGAAGAAGCAAAAAGAGCUCGAAGCUGCUACCACUCCAGAGGAGAAGACACGGCUCCAUGAGGAGCUGGAAGAGGCCAAGGACAAGGCUCGACGGAGAUCCAUCGGAAACAUCAAAUUCAUUGGUGAACUCUUCAAACUGAAAAUGCUGACAGAGGCCAUCAUGCAUGACUGUGUGGUGAAGCUGCUUAAGAACCACGAUGAAGAGUCCCUGGAGUGCCUUUGCCGCCUGCUCACCACCAUCGGCAAGGACUUGGACUUUGAGAAAGCAAAGCCCCGUAUGGACCAGUAUUUUAAUCAAAUGGAGAAGAUUGUGAAAGAGAGAAAAACGUCCUCCAGGAUUCGUUUCAUGCUUCAGGAUGUAAUAGACCUAAGGCUGUGCAACUGGGUAUCCCGGAGAGCAGAUCAAGGCCCCAAGACUAUUGAGCAGAUUCAUAAAGAAGCAAAAAUUGAAGAGCAAGAAGAGCAGAGAAAGGUCCAGCAACUCAUGACCAAAGAGAAGAGAAGACCAGGUGUCCAGAGGGUAGAUGAAGGUGGAUGGAACACUGUUCAGGGGACAAAGAAUAGUCGUGUGCUUGAUCCCACCAAAUUCCUUAAAAUCACCAAGUCCACAAUAGAUGAGAAGAUUCAGCUUGUGCCUAAAGCCCAGUUGGGCAGCUGGGGGAAGGGCAGCAGUGGUGGAGCAAAGGCCAGUGAGAUUGAGUCCUUACGACCAAGUGCCACUAGUUUGAACAGAUUUUCUGCACUGCAGCUCCCAGUGUCGUCUGUGUCUUCUUCUGUAUCUUCAGAGUUAGACUCUCGCAGGGCCUUAACUAGUCGUGGGAGCACAGGCAGAGAGAAGAAUGACAAACCACUUCCAUCUUCAGUCACCCGUCCAAACACCUUCCUGCGGGGUAGCAGCAAUAAAGAGCUGCUGCUAGACAAUCAGGCACAAGAAGAACAACGGCGAGAGAUGCUAGAGACAGUGAAACAGCUAACAGGUGGCAUGGAUAUGGAGAGAAACAUCACAGAGACAGACAGGAACAAAGCCAAGGAAAUAGCCAAGCCAGAAACUCCCACAGCUCCAGUACAAGACAAAUCUUCACUGUCAGAAGAGGAAAUGGAGAGAAAGUGCAAAUCCAUCAUUGAUGAGUUCUUGCACAUAAACGAUUAUAAGGAAGCAAUGCAAUGUGUGGAGGAAUUGAAUGCACAGAGUCUGCUGCCCAUUUUUGUGCGAGUCGCAGUGGAGUCUACUCUCGAGAGGAGUCAGAUCACCAGGGAUCACAUGGGCCAGUUACUAUAUCAGUUGGUGCAGUCAGAAAAGCUAAGCAAACAGGACUUCUUCAAGGGGUUUUCAGACACCUUGGAGCUGGCAGAUGAUAUGGCCAUUGAUAUACCACAUAUUUGGUUGUAUCUAGCUGAAUUGGUGACCCCCAUGUUAAAAGAAGGAGGAAUCUCUAUGAGAGAACUUAUAAUAGAAUUUAGCAAACCUUUACUUCCUGUGGGAAGAGCUGGGGUCUUGCUUUCUGAAAUAUUUCACCUUCUAUGCAAACAAAUGAGCCAUAAGAAAGUAGGAGCCUUAUGGAGGGAGGCUGGUCUCAGUUGGAAGGACUACUUACCUGAAGGGGAGGAUGUACAUACCUUUCUCAUGGAGCACAAGUUGGACUUCACAGUGUCUGACUGUUCCAGUUCCUCAGAAGCACUUUCAGAGGAAGAACUCUCUGCUGACGAACUGAACAAACAGCUAGAAAAACUCAUUAUUGAGGACAAGGCGAAUGAUGAACAAAUCUUUGAUUGGGUAGAGGCUAAUCUAGAUGAAGGCCAAAUGAGUUCACCUACAUUCCUUAGAGCUUUAAUGACAGCAGUUUGUAAAGCAGCCAUUAUAGCGGAUUCUUCUAGUUUCCGUGUGGACACUGCUGUUAUCAAGCAGAGAGUGCCGAUCUUACUCAAGUACCUAGACUCAGAUACAGAGAAGGAACUACAAGCACUUUAUGCACUACAAGCAUCAAUAGUAAAACUUGAUCAGCCUCCUAAUCUGUUGCGGAUGUUUUUUGAUUGCUUGUAUGACGAGGAGGUGAUAUCAGAGGAUGCCUUCUACAAAUGGGAAAGCAGCAAGGACCCAGGAGAGCAGAAUGGGAAAGGAGUAGCACUGAAAUCAGUCACAGCGUUCUUCACAUGGCUACGAGAGGCUGAAGAGGAAUCAGAGGAUAAUUAAAACUUAAAAUACAGAAAACAAAACAAAAAAAAGAAACAAUUUAAGUAUUUUUUUAAAAAGUUUCACGUCUUCGCCAAUCACAGUGCAGCAAGGCCAAUU